CAACUGACGUCACGCCAGUGGUACGCCAUUUUGUAAGUGUCCGCCGUAGUCAAUUUUCUCGGUAUAGUGAAAAAUAGUUUAUUCGCAUGGUUUUGUGUACGCUUAAAAGAUAAGACACUUUUUAAACCUAAUUUAACGUCUCGUACGUUAAUUUCACAAACCACAAGUAUGGAGGACAAGGCGGCGCUAAAGGAAUUGGAUCAAUGGAUAGAGCAGCUAAACGAAUGCAAGCAAUUGACAGAAAAUCAAGUCAAAACGUUAUGCGACAAGGCAAAAGAGAUUCUGACUAAGGAAUCCAACGUCCAGGAGGUGAAAUGCCCCGUAACCGUAUGCGGCGACGUGCACGGGCAGUUCCACGACCUGAUGGAGCUGUUCCGCAUCGGCGGGCGGUCCCCGGACACCAACUACCUGUUCAUGGGGGACUACGUUGACCGCGGGUACUACAGCGUCGAGACUGUCACAUUGCUGGUUGCACUUAAGGUGCGCUACCGGGAGAGAAUAACGAUCCUGCGCGGCAACCACGAGUCGCGCCAGAUCACGCAAGUGUACGGCUUCUACGACGAGUGCCUGCGCAAGUACGGGAACGCCUCCGUGUGGAAGCACUUCACCGACCUCUUCGACUUCCUGCCGCUCACCGCGCUCGUCGACGGACAGAUCUUCUGCCUUCACGGUGGUCUCAGCCCGUCCAUCGACACCCUGGACCACAUCCGCGCACUGGACCGCCUGCAGGAGGUCCCGCACGAGGGGCCCAUGUGCGACCUGCUGUGGAGCGACCCCGACGACAGAGGCGGAUGGGGCAUAUCGCCUCGCGGCGCCGGCUACACGUUCGGGCAGGACAUCUCGGAGACGUUCAACCACAGCAACGGCCUGACGCUGGUCUCGCGCGCCCACCAGCUGGUCAUGGAGGGCUACAACUGGUGCCACGACCGGAACGUCGUCACUAUAUUCUCAGCACCCAACUACUGCUAUAGGUGCGGUAACCAAGCCGCCAUUAUGGAAUUGGAUGAUGCGCUUAAGUACUCAUUCCUUCAGUUCGACCCGGCCCCGCGGCGCGGCGAGCCCCACGUCACACGGCGAACGCCGGAUUACUUCAUGUAGGCUGCAUCGGAGGCGCACAUGAAGCAGUCGGGCGAUGGUAUCGGCGGCGGCGGGGGCGGGGGUAGAGGCGGGGUGAAGCGGGCGCGCGCACGCGCACGUGCAGGCGCACACGCACGUGCACGCGCACGGCGGGCGGCGCGCGCGCACGUGGCCCGCGCCGCGCGCCGCCUGCUCGGUCUCGCGCGCGUCGCCUCCUGGCUCGCCUCCGUCUGACUCCCCGCACCCCGCACCCCACACCCCACACCCGGGGAACACACACACACGCACACAACAACAACACUACACGGAACACACGAGGGCUGACGCCGCCGGUGCGGCGCGUCCGUAAGCGUUAGCCUAAACGUUAACGCGCUGAAACGCGGCCUGUAACUUAACAUCACACGUUCGGUAUCGCUCGAGGAAGUGAAACAUCCCGCGACGGAAACUUAGGUUAAUAUAUAGCAGUAAUUAUAUGUUACUUUUUACUGUUAAGUGUUAUGCGAUAUUUCUAAUGCGGGGUGGUUACCUUCUUCGGCGAUACGAUGUCUAGUACCUACCCAAAUUAACAAUAUGUGUAGUAAAUCGCUUAAUAACAUCGGCAUUUAAAAUUGUUCUAUAAGUAAAUUAUACGUCAAAUGGAAGUACUAAAUUACAAUCUUUACUUGAAUGAGUGUCAUCCAUUCAAACGUGUAUCUCUUAUUCUUGCUAUUUAAGCAAUUGACUCGCACGUGGUCGUCUAGUUUCCUCGCGUGUCUCGCCAACAACUUGCCAGUGGAAACGUGCCCCACAUUAAAUAACAGAUAUCUCAUAAUACUAUAUACUCAUUUAUUUUGUCAAGAUUCAAGUGUUCCAUUUGACGCUUAUUAUGUUUGCGGCGAGGAAGCAAAAAUGCGCCCCUGUAGUUAGUUUAGUUCCGUUGUCAGAAUAUACUGAGUGUAAGUUCCCGUCGUUCCCGCGCCCGACGGCCGCAUGCGCAUGAAGGUUCCCCGCGUCUCAUCUCCGCCCGUCACCGACCCACUUCAGCAUCAAGCUUUAUGUAGGCACUUCUGUAAAAACGUCUGUUCUAGUAAUGAUCAGUAUAGAAACGCGGCGACUUUUGCUUGUUGAAGUUAGUCGGUGGCCGGGCGGUCUCCUACCGCGAGCCAUCAUCGUGUGCGUAGGCCGCAGACGUUGACGACUCGGGGUCGGUUAGUUGUAGCAUAAUUCCUGUACUUGUGUCUAAUUAUUCGGCGUCUCGCCCCGCGGCAGUCUAUGCUGGUAUGUUCAUUAUAACCUGUCCGGACCUAUUGUAUGUACACUUAUGUAUCAGACACUUAGACCUCAUUAAACAGCGUGCAUUUGCUA